UAAAGCAUAAAAGGGGAAACACAACCUGUGUUUUUUUGUGUAGUUCCACUACUUGAGGAGACCAACAAUCUUCCAAAUACAAAAGAAAAAAACAAACAAAGAUUCUAAAAAGAUGGCAGAAGAAUCUUUAUUAUUACAAUCUCCAAAUGCUUCUCCUAGUAAAUCCUCUUCACUUCUGUCUGAAAUAUCAAAUGCUUCGACGAGACCUUUAAUUUUUGCCUUCACUGCCAUUUCUUGUGGUGCCUACACUUUUGGUUGCAUUGUCGGAUAUACGGCUCCUACACAGACAAGUAUCAUAAAAGACUUGAAUCUAUCCAUAGCUGAUUUUUCAUUUUUUGGAUCGAUAUUGACGGUGGGACUAAUCCUUGGAGCAUUAAUCUGUGGGAAAUUAACAGAUUUGGUUGGUCGUGUCUACACAAUAUGGAUCACUAACAUCCUCUUCGUAAUCGGCUGGCUUGCUAUUGCAUUUGCCAAGGAUGUUUGGCUGCUCGAUGUUGGAAGGUUAUUGCAAGGGGUUUCGGUGGGAAUUUUCUCGUAUUUGGGGCCUUUUUACAUCAGCGAGAUAGCACCAAAAAACCUGAGAGGAGCUGCUUCUUCCUUUGUGCAGUUAUUCACAGGUGUUGGUCUAUCGGUUAUUUAUGCACUUGGAACAGUCGUUGAUUGGCGCAAAUUAGCCAUUUUGGGAUCUAUACCUUCUCUAAUGGUUGUGCCUCUUCUUUUCUUUGUCCCAGAAUCUCCUAGAUGGCUAGCUAAAGUGGAAAGGGAGAAGGAGGUUGAGGCAGUUUUGUUAAGCCUGCGAGGAGCAAAAUCUGAUGUAUCGGAAGAAGCAAAAGAGAUAUUAGAAUAUACACAACAUGUUGAAGAACAACAAGACGUCGAUGGCCGUCGUUUCUUCAAGUUGUUCCAGCGAAAAUACGUGUUGCCACUUACUAUUGGAGUUGUUCUUAUAUCUGUGCCUCAGCUUGGAGGUCUAAAUGGUUAUACUUUUUACACCGAUACCAUUUUCACUUCUACCGGUGUAUCAAGUGACGUUGGAUUCAUAUUGACAUCUAUUGUUCAGAUAUCUGGAGGCAUUUUAGGAGCUGUGCUAGUGGAUUUAUCUGGAAGACGUUCUAUCCUAUUGGUUUCUCAAGCUGGAAUGUUCUUGGGUUGUCUUGCCACAGCCAUUUCAUUCCUCUUGCAGAAGAACAAUUGCUGGGAAAAUGGAACACCAAUAUUGGCUCUCAGUAGUGUUAUGGUGUAUUUUGGAUCAUACGGAUUAGGCAUGGGAUCGAUACCAUGGACGAUAGCAUCAGAGAUUUAUCCAGUUGACGUGAAAGGAGCAGCAGGAACGGUUUGUAACUUGGUCAGCUCUAUAAGCUCAUGGCUCGUUGCUUAUUCCUUCAGUUUCUUGCUUCAGUGGAGCUCCACAGGAACAUUUGUGAUAUUUGCGGCAGUGAUUUGCAUUGGAUAUGUGUUCACUGCCAAGCUUGUUCCAGAGACCAAAGGCAAAUCUUUAGAAGAAAUUCAAUCUCUUUUCACUGAUUCUCAUCCUCAAGAUUCUACAGUUUUCUAAAACAAGGAAGAAAGAAAAUUUAAGAUACUACCUCUAAACUUUGAGACCUCAAGACGCAAGCUAUUAGCUAUACUAUAUAUAUUAGACAACAAAAGUGGUUCCUUGAUAUGCUGUUUACUAUAUAUUGGGUCAUGUGCUCAUAUAAUUAUGUUAAAUAUUCCCAUAAAUUAAGUGCUUUGUUGUUGUAUAUUGCGAUCUCGAAAGUGAUCUCCGGUUAUGUUUACUACAUUAACAUCAGUUAAGGC